AUCUCACAUCACCCUUCAUGCCGAAAAUGAAUCGAUCGCGCGUAGGCGUUCUUUGUGAGCAGCUGCUUUAUCUAGACCUUAGUUGGAGUGACCUGGAAGACAUUUUCCUUGGAUAUCGACAGCGCACACCCCGGCAAUACAAAUCGGUGAACGGCCUAUUUAACAUCGAAGAACUACAGGAAGAUGCUUUUAGGCGAAUGUUUACAUUUGAAAAGGAGCACCUCAAGGACCUCAAAACGUAUCUGCUUAUGCCGGACACUGUAAUAAGCUCCCAGGGUGUCUGCGUAAGUGGCGAGGAAGCCCUUCUUAUAAGCCUACGCAGGCUGGCGUGUCCCAACAGGUGGCGGGAUUUGGAGCCACUGUUUGGCCGCCAUUGCUCCACUUUGUCAAGCAUUGUGUCAACAGUGCUCAGACACAUCGAAGACAACUUUGGACAUCUGCUGGACUUGACGAACAACAAGUGGCUGAACCUUGCAGAACUAGGCCGUUUUUCUCAGGCAAUGCAUCGCAGAGGUGCACCACUUAAGAACUGCUGGGGGUUCGUGGACGCGACAGCGAGACCGAUUUGCCGGCCAUCGGUGAACCAAAGAAGUCAUAAGCGGGUUCACGCUGUCAAGUAUCAAUCUGUUAUGUGCGCCAACGGCAUCGUGUGUGAUCUUGACGGCCCCUAUUCAGGUCACAGACACGACGCCGGUAUCCUGGGGGACAGUGGCCUUUACAGCAGGCUUGAGCACUUGGUCCAGGGUUCCUCAUACACCCUCUACGGGGACCCUUUGUACCCACUACGUCCACUGCUGAUGCGCCCAUAUGCCGGAUCUUCUCAGACAGAGACACAGCAGAGGUUCAAUUCUGGCAUGAGUACAGUCCGCCAGGCCGUAGAAUGGGGGUUCGGCAAGACUGUUGAACUGUUUGCCUUCUUGGACUUUGAAAAAAAUCAAAAAAUACUUCUACAAAAUGUAUCGCAGAUGUACAAAGUAGGUACAAUCCUGACAAACUGCCAUACAUGUUUGUAUGGCAGUCAGGUUUCUAUGUUUUUUGGCUUAAAACCACCCUCUCUGCAAGAAUAUCUCGUGCCUGUCACUGCAUGAGAUGCUCAAUCCUUGGAUUGGGGAUCUCGCGUAUAUGUGUACCCCACAAGAGCAUUUUGGAGAGCACAUUAAAAUUAUCAAUUUUUGGCUCAAUUUGAACCACUAAACAAUCAUAUUUGCAGAUGAUACAUUUGGUAUGACCUGUUAAAGCAAGCUUUAUUCUUGUUUACGCAGUACUGGAGCAGUGGUAGAGCACCAGCAUCACAGCCUUAGUUUGAACAAACUUUAAUUUGCGAAAUAACUAUAUGUUCAAGUAUUUAAGCAUGAUGUUACAAGGAUAAUGACCUCAAAACUUCCUUUUUGAAGAAAUAAAUGCAUCGAAGUGAGCUUCAAGGAUGUUUAUUUUUUAUUUUGUGAAAGCUUAUGAAUAACUUCAAGGAGAGCC